AUGUCAAACGAACCAGGAACAGAAGCGCAACCAUCCACUGAGACAGCGGCAGCGAUAGUCGACGCAGCCUCGCCUCCCAGCAGGGCCGAAUCUAAGUCGGACGCGAUCCCCAUAACAACCGACAAAAUCUACACUGAAGACGAUCUCCUCAUCCACAACAAAGACGGCGAUCUGUGGCUCGCUAUUGACGGGACGGUCUACGACCUGACGAAAUUCUCUGAAGAGCAUCCGGGUGGAAAGAAGAUUCUACUCGGAGUGGCCGGCGCAGAUGCAAGCAAGAAGUACCGCAAGUAUCACGGUGAUAAUAUUCUGCAGAGGUAUGCGCUGGAGUAUAAGAUCGGGACGUUGAGAGUUGAAGCGAAGAAGGAGCCGGGCAGAUUAUUUUCGAUAUUUAAGCGGAGGAAAUGA